AUGGCUACUUUCAAGACGUUAUUAGUCAUAACACUCUGGCUACGAAGCACAAUAGUAAAUGGAUACGAAUUUAUAUCGCAAUAUCCUAAUCAACAGAAUGAAUCUUAUCACUUUAACCAUCUAGCUGUUGAUAAAGUAAGUGGUCAAGUGUACGCUGGUUCAUUAAAUUGGCUUCAUCAACUUAGCCCUGAUUUGAAACCAAUUCAUGUCGUACGGACUGGGCCAAAACUCGACAACCCUAUGUGCCAUGCUAGUGGAUGUACAUCUCCUGAUAUAAAAACAACUUACAUCGAUAAUGUGAAUAAAAUAUUAGUAAUAGACCAGGAAGCGAGGAUCGUGAUUGCGUGUGGAUCUGUUGCUCAGGGUUCGUGUUUCAAGUAUAAGUUGGGUGAUUUGUCAGCACUACCAGAAUUCGUUCCCGUAAGUGUUGCUGCCAAUGACGCUGAUGCCUCUACAUAUGCAUUUAUUGGACCUGAAAGAUAUAACUCAUGGGAUCGGUCUAAUGUUAUGUAUGUCGGUACUACAUUUACUAACAAUGGUGAAUAUCGCCACGAUGUUCCUGCAAUAUCCAGCCGCGAUCUCAUGACUCUAGAACUGGCCCAGUUCACUUUUUCAAAACAGAGUUUAAUACAAAUAGAUGUUAAGUAUCGUGACAAUUUCUUAGUGCAAUAUGUUUAUGGAUUUAAUGCCAGUGAUUAUGCAUACUUCUUGAUUAUACAAAAACAUUCCCACCUAGCUGGUAAUGAGGAGCUUGGUUAUGUAUCACGUUUGGCACGCACCUGUGUCAAUGAUGACAAUUAUAACAGCUAUACUGAAGUUACAUUAGAGUGCCAUGUUCGUGAAGAGACUAUUAAUGGUAAGAGUGAAGUGGUCAAUUAUAAUUUAGUUCAAGAUGCAAAAAUUGCUAGAGCUGGUGCCAAUCUUGCUAAUCAACUAGGUAUUGAAACUGGUGAUUCAAUUCUUGUGGCAUUAUUCAGUCCAUCUAAAGGUAUUACCAAUGAACCAAUGGCUAAAUCUGCCAUAUGUGUAUUUUCUUUGCAAGAAAUUGAGAUUAAGUUUAAUGAAAAUGUGCACAUGUGUUUCAAUGGUAGUACUAAAGCUAGGAAUAUGGGUUACAUUUCUGGCAUGAUAUCUGAUGGUAAAUGUCCUAGUGUAGGUACAACAGGAAAUAUCCUUAAUUUCUGUGAGGUAGGUCUAAAAAUUAGUGGAUUGUAUCCAAUAAAAACGGUUUCUGUAAUUCAUUGGAAUGACACAUUGAUAACUUCUGUUACCAUGUCGGUGACUGGAUUGCAUACUGUUGCUUUUCUUGGUACAAAUAAUGGUGUAUUGAAAAAAGUUUUAGUUGAUGCAGAUAAAGCUCUUGAGUAUUCUAGUGAGGAACUAUUGCCUGGUCAAAAAAUACUUCCAGAUACAACUUUAUCACCAUAUCAAAAGACUUUGUAUGUGUUAGCAAGAAAUUCAAUAAUACAAAUACCAACUGAACGGUGUGCAGAGCAUGGCAACUGUUCAUCUUGUCUCGAGUCUAAUGACCCUCACUGUGGCUGGUGUUCUUUAGAGAAGCGCUGCACUGUCCAAAAUAUGUGUCAGAAAGGUACUCAAAGUGCUCCAAGAUGGUUGUCUCAAUAUACUGGCCAGCAAUGUAUUGAUUUUGAGCAAAUUUUGCCUGAUAGAAUAUCAAUGACAGAAGUUACCACUGUGCAACUCAUUAUCAGGACUUUACCUGAGCUUCCAUUUGGGGCAAAAUACAAAUGUGUUUUUGGUAAUACUCCACCUAUUGAUGCUGCUGUUACAUCAAAUGGCCUGGCAUGCCCUACUCCUGAUGUUAAACAUAGACCAAAAAUUUCACAAAAUUUAGAUCAUGUGUAUGUUCCACUUUCUGUACAUUCCUCUGAAACCAACAAAGAUUUUGUUUCAAGAAACUUUGCUUUUUAUGACUGCACAAAGCAUACAACUUGUCAUUCUUGUAUUAUGAGUGAGUGGGCAUGCAACUGGUGUAUUUAUGACAACAAAUGUACACAUGAUACUUCUGUGUGUCAAAGAACCAUUAUCAGUGGUGAAAACAAUCCAACAAAAUUGUUAAAUCAUGGCAUUGGUCAUUGUCCACGGAUAAGACAAUACAAAAAAACAAUUUUACUACCUAAUAAUGUUCCUAAAGAAUUAGAACUAGAAGUAGAAAACUUGCCACAUUUGCAAGCUGGGCAUACUGGAUUCCAAUGUAUUGUCAGCAUUGAACUUGCCAACAUGAUAUUACCAGCUCGAGUUGAAUCCAAUCACUACAUUGUCUGUGACAAAACAACUUAUUCUUAUGAGGAAGAUGUAGGGGAGUACAAUGUUAGUGUUAAAGUUGUUUGGAAUCAUAAACAUUACAUAGAUACAAUCACCAUUACAUUAUACAAAUGUGAGAUUCUGGGUUCUCAUAGAGACCAUGCUGAUUGUUCUCUUUGUAUAACUAGAAACUCUAUUUAUCAAUGCACUUGGUGUGGUAAUUCUUGCUCUUACAGUGAGUCCUGCUUAGAAAAUCCUGUGACGGAAUGUCCAAAGCCUAGAAUUGAUAUGAUCAAACCUUUGAGUGGUCCAAUAGAAGGUGGAACUAUAGUGACAAUAGAAGGUAGUAAUCUUGGUCUGAGAGUGGAGGAAGUAACAGGAAAAGUUCGUAUUGGUGAUGUACUAUGUGACAUAGUGGAUUUUGAAGUGUCAGUGAGUAUAACAUGCCAAACUGGACCUUCAAAUGGAUCAGUUGUAGCUCCUGUAAUUGUAGAAAAUGAUGCAGGUUACACAGAAUCAUCUGUAUUAUUUAGUUAUAAAAACAUCAAAUUGCAAGGCAUUUAUCCUUCUGUAGGGCCAGUAUCAGGUGGAACUCAAUUGGCUAUAGGUGGACAGCAUUUGAACAUAGGAUCUACAGUUUCAGCUUACCUUGAUGAAUUGCCUUGCUCUGUUAAUAAAACUCAGACAUCUAACAGCCGGUUGAUAUGUAUCACUCCGAGAGCCAAUACACCACAAGUAAUACACACAUUAACAGUCUCCAUUGACAAUGCCAAUCGAACUCUGUAUGGAGAUUUGUUUAAUUACACAGCUGAUCCAACAAUCAUGGAAAUUAAACCUCUGAAAAGUUUUGUAUCUGGUGGCAGAAUGAUUACAGUUCAUGGCACGAAUUUGCACACAAUCCAAAAGCCAAUGAUGAAAUUAUACUAUGCAAAUGAAGUAAUACCUGUAAACUUUACAGAAUGUGCUGUUUUAAAUUCAAAUCAAAUGGAAUGUCCUAGCCCUGCGAUAAACAAAAAAUAUCAUGAAAUUUUACAAGCAACAAAAUCCCAAACUAGUACACCUCAAAUAGCAAUGAAAGUUGGAUUUGUCAUGGAUAAUGUUGAAACAAUGCAUGACCUUGAAAAAUAUUUCAACCCUCCAAGGACACAUAUGGUCUUUGUAGAAGAUCCAAAUGUAUACCACUUUCCUAACAGGAUAAAGUCAUACAAGGGUGGUGAUCCAUUAGUAAUAGAAGGUGAGAAUUUAAUAAGAGCUAGUGAUGAGUCUGAUGUUGUAGUAACUAUUGGUACUCAAACAUGUAAUGUUACAAGUCUUACUAUGCAACAACUUCUUUGUACACCACCUCAAGUACAACCUCCUAACACUGAUGAAAAUGGAGUACAAAUAUCAGAUAUAAAUUUACCUUUGGUGGUGGUGAAAGUAGGUAAAAAUUUGAGAUUUCCCAUUGGUUACAUACAUUAUGAACUCAUGAGAAAUUACAAUUUUCCACCUGAGGCUAUUGCAGGUAUAGCAGCGGGCACAUUUUUUCUGGUCUUAAUAUUUAUGAUUGUUUUGGUCAUGUACAGGCGUCGAAGUACAAAAGCAGAACGAGAGUACAAGAGAAUACAAAUACAAAUGGAUACACUUGAAAGUAAUGUUCGGUUAGAAUGUAAAUUAGCAUUUGCUGAAUUGCAAACUGAUAUGUCAGAUUUGGCAGCAGAUUUGGAACAUUCAGGUAUUCCAACACUUGAUCAUGUUAAUUAUGUGAUGAAAGUAUUUUUUCCAGGAGUAUCAGAUCAUCCCAUACUAAAUGUUCAGCGUCAGUUUAUAAAUGCUCCUAGAACUAAUUAUGAUGCAGCCAUGAUUCAAUUUGAACAACUUUUGAAUAAUAAAUGUUUCCUGUUGUCAUUUAUAGACACUUUAGAGGCACAAAAGUCCUUCAAUAUAAGAGAUAAAGUAAAUGUUGCUUCUCUUUUGAUGAUAAUUCUAAUGGGGAAGAUGGAAUAUGCUACUGACAUAUUAAAGUCUCUAUUGUUACGGCUAAUUGAUAAAUCAGUUUGCAAUAAACAUCCUCAACUUAUGUUGAGAAGAACAGAAAGUGUAGUUGAGAAAAUGUUAACCAACUGGAUGGCCCUGUGCAUGUACUACUAUUUAAAGGACUAUGCAGGAUCGUCAUUAUUUUUGCUUUUCAAGGCCAUUAAGCAUCAAAUUGAAAAAGGUGUAGUUGAUGCCAUAACACAUGAAGCACGUUAUUCUUUAUCAGAGGAAAAACUUUUAAAAGAACAAAUUAAUUAUCAAAUAAUUACAUUGCAUAUAGUACAGGAUGAUUUUGAUGAUAAAGUUCAAUGUAAAGUUUUAGACUGUGAUAGCAUAUCUCAAGUAAAGUCUAAAAUUUUAGAUGCAUUGUUUAAAAAUACGCCAUUUUCUUUACGACCGUCCGUCCACGAAGUUGAUUUAGAAUGGCGACACGGCAGAGGUGGACAUGUGACACUCCAAGAUGAGGAUCUUACAACAAAAACUUUGAAUGGCUGGCGGAAACUCAAUACUUUAGCUCAUUAUGGAGUUAAAGAGUCGGCAGUUAUGUCAUUGAUAUCUAGACAAAAUGAUAGUUUCAACACUGCCUACAAAAUACCCUGCAAGAAUUGCACAGGAAUAUAUUGCUCCAAUUCCCAUAUUAGGGUAUAUAACAGUGACAUUACAGAUCAGAAUGUGCAUUAUUAUCAUUUGGUGAAACCCAUUGAAUAUCAGCACAUUGUAAACAAAUCGUCAGAGCACAGUCACAAAGCUAUACCAGAAAUAUUCCUCACUAGACUCCUAUCCACUAAAGGUACUGUGCACAAGUUUGUUGAUGAUUUCUUUAGUACUAUACUUACAGUAAAUGAAGUGCUACCUCCUGCAGUUAAGUGGUUGUUUGACCUAUUUGAUGAUGCCGCAAGAGUACAUGGCAUCAUGAAUCCAGAAGUAGUCCAUGCAUGGAAGUCAAAUAGUUUACCUUUAAGAUUUUGGGUCAACCUCAUAAAAAAUCCAGAUUUUAUAUUUGAUAUUAACAAAACUUCAACUGUAGAUUCUUCACUAUCAGUCAUAGCUCAAACAUUCAUGGAUGCCUGCUCCCUAACAGAACACCGACUGUGUAAAGAUUCUCCCUCCAAUAAAUUGUUAUUUGCAAAAGACUUACCCACCUACAGAGAUAUGGUUAUACAGUUUUACCAGGCCGUCUCUCAAUUACCUCAAGUAACAGACCAAGAGUUAAGUACUUCUAUGCAACAACUCUCUGUGGAACAGUUGAAUGAGUUUGAUACUCUGUCUGCCUUAAAAGAGUUGUACAUUUAUGUCAGUAAAUAUAGAGAACAAAUUAUAUUAGGACUAGAAAACAAAAUGCACUUAGCUCAUAAAUUAGAUAAUAUAGCAUGCACUAUGGAAGGAGAUCCUACAUCUAUAUGCUGA